AUGCAGUCCACAGAGCAUCGCGCCGUUGAUAGUGAGCAAGUCACUAUCACCAACAUAGCUCAGCAACUUGAUCAGGACGACAAGGUCAAGGUCGGUGGCAUAGAUUGCGACGGAGUAAUUCGUGGCAAGAUCAUGUCCAAGGAGAAGUUUCUGUCCAGUCUUGAAGAUGGUUUUGGAAUGAGCUCUGCAAUCUUCGCAUGGGAUAUGCAUGAUGUAUUGUAUACGCAGAAGAAUUCAAUUGCCAACGAAAAGGGGGGCCAUGGAGACUUCAUAGCCGAGAUCGAUCUGAGCUCAUAUAGGCGGUUACCGUUUGAGAGCAAUAUCCCAUUCUUCUUAUUGAGGUUCAAAAUCGAUAAUGUGCCAGUUUUUGCCGAUGGUCGUAGCAUCGCUCGCUCGACUACACUGACCUUGGCAAAUAAGGGCAUGCGAGGACUCGCUGGAGUCGAGCUGGAGUUCAUGAACUUCCAGACCCCAGGCCAGGAUGGAUACGAAUCUUUAGGGCAGCGACCCAACCUCGCCUCAUUCCUCGACGCCAACGCACCUCGAGCUCUACGCCCAAUCACUGGAGGCAUGUUUGGUUACAGUGUGUCCCGCCCGCUGAUGACCAAGGAUUACUUCCACAGCAUAUACGACGUUGCGAAGGAGCUCGGUUGCCCCAUUGAAGGUUGGCACACUGAGAGUGGACCUGGUGUCUAUGAAGCCGCUCUGGCGGUAUCGUCAUCAGAGAGAAUGGCUGACAAUGUCUCCAUCUUCAAGUUUCUCACCAAAGCUCUAGGCGUACAGUACAACGUCACGCCUUGUUUCAUGGCUAAACCCCUGCAUGGCAUGCCCGGUAGUUCUGGACACAUUCACAUCUCACUCACUGAUCUCGAUGGCACAAACCUGUUCGCUCGCAAGGACAAGGAUGAAAGCGCACCGUUUGAUGAUGUGGCUCAUCUGUCUGAUAUUGGUCGGCAGUUCCUCGCAGGUUUGAUCGAUGCCCUCCCCGACAUCAUGCCCAUGGUGGCGCCAAAUGUCAACUCAUAUAAGCGUCUCGUGGAGAAUUUCUGGGCACCUAUCACAUUGAGCUGGGGAUUGGAGGAUCGUGAAUCCAGCAUUCGAGUGAUUGCGCCGCCAACGUGCAAACCCGGCGCAACCCGCUUUGAGAUUCGCAUCCCGGGCGCCGAUCUUCACCCACACUACGCCUUGAGUGCCAUCUUACGGGCUGGACUUCGUGGAAUUGAACGCGAAAUGAACAUUUAUUUGCCCCCACUCUCCCAAAUGCCCGGGGGACAAAAACCCGACAAGUUGCCCAAUACUCUCGAAUUGGCUCUUGCGCGUUUCCAAGCACCAAACAGUGUCGCCCGAGAGAUUAUGGGCAACGAGUUCGUUGACUAUUAUGCGAUUACCAGAGAACACGAAUUGAGAGCUUGGCGAGAAGCUGUGACCGAUUGGGAGUUUGUUAGGUAUAUCGAACACGUAUAA